UCCAACGCAUUUGUAUUUUUUGCUGUGUGUCAUCCAUCGGUGACGCAUUCAGCUUUCACAUUUUAUUUCGCGAUAUCUUUCUUGAGAGGAUUAGCUAAUAUUGAUCGGGUCUGUCUGACCCUUUCACUUGUUGCUGCUUGCAAGUUGCAACCGGAAAUACAGUUAGCAACCAGAAGUACGAUGACCGUCCCCGGCGGGGGUUUGUGCAGCAGGAAACCGCGUCAGCGACUCCCACCCUUAGGUGGCGUUGUGUUUCAAAAAGCCUCAGUGAGCCAUGUGCGACUCCAUGAUGCCCCCCGAUCGCGGCGCAGUGGAUCCAAUUCUGCACGAAGAGGAACUAGCAAUCCGCGAUGUGGACUUCGUUGUUGGACGGGAUCAUGGCCAAGAGAAAAUCUUCUCUGCAUCCAAGGCUGCGUUGGCCAAUGUGAGUCCUGUAUUUUGGGCCAUGUUCUACGGACAUUCCAGCGAACCUGCUGCCAACAGGGUCCAGGUUCCUGAUGCUCUACCGGAUGCCUUUUCCCAUAUGCUCAGGAAGCCAUGUGCAGUGUCGUGAGGAUCCACUGCCCAAUCUCAGCCCGCACAACGUCUUCGCCACGAUGAACGUCGCCAUGAAGUACCAGCUGCCAGCGCUGCUGCAACACUGCAGCGAGUUCGUCAGUCACAGUCUGCGCGCCAGCAACUGUCUGCUCUUCCUCGAUAACGCCGUUCUAUGGGGCGACGCGGAGUCUCUCAGAAUGUGCAUGGAGAUGGUGGACGCCUACAGCGAAGUGCUUUUCUUGGAGGACUUUGCAGGGCUGCAGCAUGAGACGCUGAUGAUGGUGCUCCGACGCAAUACCCUGGCCGCCAAUGAAGACAGCGUCUACAAGGCCGCCGAGAGUUGGGCGUUUGCGGCCUGCGCUCGCAACAACCUGGAUCCAUCCCCCUUCAACCGGCGCCAGGUGCUGGGCAGUGCCUUCCGCCUCAUACGUUUCCCGCUCCUAACCGAUGCUCUGCUCAGUGACGCCUUCAUGGAGCUGGGUUUGCUGUCCCAAGAAGAACUGGCGCAAAUAUAGUGCUAUAAGAACGCCACGAUCAAACCAUCCCUCCCAUUCCCCACCGCACCCCGUCAACCUCCCGUUAUUCGUGUCGCCAACAUGGAGUUCA